CAGGCGCUAACAAGCGGAUACAUUUCGGCAGCGGACCCGGUGCAAGAAACAUCCAGAAUGAGGAAGCUUUACGCCGUGUAUCUUUCGGCAGUUCUCCUUCUCGCUCUAACGCUGCUGAUCCUGAGAGCCCCCGGUGGCUCUCGCUGGAGAAACGGUGCCGCGGUUUUUGACGAGCAAGAGCUGCUUUUUAGCUCUCGCCAACGGGAACUGGUGGACGCGCUCGAAGACAGGGUGGAUGAAAUCAUUCGCUAUCAAGAUGUUCACCGAGCUCGGCUGGUGUUUCUCUCCGAUCCCUCCUCCCACUUUCGGGAAUCCUCACUGGGAAGAGCUCAAGCUGGGGGCGACGUCUUAAAUGAGAAAUUGCGGAGGGCUGUUGGGAAUCUCUCCAGGGGGACUGUGGGCUGCAGUGACUUCAGGAAUAUGACAGGAAUUGAAUUUCUGGGCUCUGGUUAUACUAAGACCGUUCUGAAAGGGACGCUGCAGGACGGCACUGCUGUCGCUGUGAAAACUGUGAACAGUCAGGGCGAUGAAGUGAAGCGCUGCAUCCAGCGGUAUGGACAGCGCAGAGACUGCUUCAGGCUGGCAGCAUGUAAAAUCAUCAAGGAAUUGACUCUACUCCAGAAGCUCCAGCAUCCGAAUAUCAUCCAGUUAUAUGGUCAGUGUUACUAUGGCAGCUUGGAAGAUGGACCUGUAAUUACGGUGAUGGAACAGGGAAUUCCAGUGGAAAUGAUUCAACUCUUGCAAACUCCCUGGGAGGAGAGAUUUAGGAUUUGUCUGAGUCUAGUGAAGCUACUCCAUUACUUAGCUCACUCGCCACUUGGAUCGGUGCUUCUGUUAGAUUUCCAACCGCGUCAAUUUGUCCUUGUGGACGGAGAGCUUAAAGUGACGGAUUUGGAUGAUGUCAGCACGGAAGAACUUUCCUGUAAGACAGACAGGGACUGUGUCCUUGAAUUUCCCACCAGGAAUUUCAGUCUCCGAUGUGCAGCAGAAGGGAAAUGUCAUAAAAUAAACGAAAAGAGGAAUCUUUACAACGCAUUCAGAUUUUUUUUUACAUACCUGCUGCCCUAUAGUGCACCCACUACCUUAAGACCUCUCCUGUGGAAAAUUAUGAACGCAACAGGUGAGCUACAAUAUGGGAUUAAUGAAACACUCGAAGCUUUUGAGGAAGUGUUAUAUCUUUACAAAUCUGGAUUGCACCACACUAAUCAUUCUCAGUCCUGGCUGGGAGAUUAUAAGAUAUUUGAAGGAUUUCGCAUUCAAGACAACUUGGACUACAAAUGUUGGCCAUCCUAUAACUACCAGGGUUGUUUGCUCUCUGUCCACAAUAGAGAAGAGGCUGCUGCAAUCUGCCAGUCUCAACAACAAUGCCAAAGUUUCACUUUUACUCAGCAGAAAACAUGGCUUGGGCGAUACUUGGUGUCAUUCAGAAGUAGCACUGAGCUAGUGUUGGAUAUUAAUUCAACUGUCUACAUGAAGUUACAAAGCUUAAGGGCAAGAAUGUGAAGAAUCAAAAACUACUUUUAUGAUCAUCUGGAAAGAAAUGUGAUUUUUAAACUUCUCAUUGAUCAAUAUGCCAGGCUUUCUAAGACUUUUAGGCCAGAAGCUAAAUGCGAGAACAUUGAAGCUCUUCACUUUAAAAACAAGAGGAUGUGCUAUGAUCAUCAAACUGAGGAUGAUUUCCAAAAUAUUAAAUUAUGAUGUCAGUCUGAAGGGGAAUGUCUCUUAAUUAGUAUUUAACCAAUAAUAUUUCAAUUUGUACAACAGGGUUUAGUAUGAAUUUGUUGCUUUCCUGCUUUAAACCAUUUUCAAGAGGGGAAAGUUGACUCAUUUACAUUUGUAAUAUAAAUUAUUUCUGAGUUUUAUUUUUGAGAUAGCAUCAAAUUAUAUACUUGCUUUGAAAGAUCAGCUAUGCUUUGGGAAUCUGCACUGCAACCUACACUGCUGGUUUUGUCAGUGCUGAGAUAUCAGUUUAGGAUGGGUUAAUAGAAGUGUUACAAUCAGUCACAAUAUUUUCAACUGGAGAUCAGUCUUGUCCAGAAUCUUCAAACUCAGAUGGCAUUCGGGGAGGAGGGUAAAUAGAGAUGAUGGAUUGGAUUUGGAAGUGAUGGAUUAGUCCAGGCUUACACAUAAAGAACAGCUAUAUGGUUACAAAAGCCAUAACAACACGUGAUGGAUUGGAAAGUACCAGCAUGCAUUGUCCUGAAAUUUGGAAGAAGUAGGGAAGUGUGGGUCAUAAUCUUUAAGAAGACAAAUUGAAGGGAGAAGAAACAAUAGUACUUCUAGAGAUAUCCAAAUGCACAAAUCUUCAGAAGGAAAACUGAAAGUGUAAAUGCAUGAGUUGCGCUGGAGAUUUUGAGAAUGCUAUUUAAUAAUGACCUUACAGGUCACAGAUGUAUUUUCUAUGAAAAAGUGCACUACGUUCCAAAGUUCCAUUUCAAACUUAUAUUUUGUGCUUUUCUGACUUCCAUAGAAAAUAAAACUAAACAAGGAUAAAAGCAUGUGUUUCCUUUAACAAAUAGCUGCUAUGAACACAC